AUGAAUCUGCAGGAGCGUCUGACAGGCAGCACCAAUCACCGGCCGCCUGAUGAGAAGGUUGCAGUGUGGAGAGAGUGUGGAUGUCACUCAGGAGAACAGAAGUAUAAACUUGCAAGAAAGAGAAAUGCUCAAGUAGAGUCAGAUCUCUUAAUUACCUCAAUAUUCUACUUAAGUAAAAAGUCCCUUGAUUGCUUUCUGUCAUUUCAAAAUGAUUUUUCUUUGUGUUUUAAGGGGCAUUACACAUUUAAAGGCCCUGCACUGGUAGAGGGGACCACAAGGUGCAAUAAGGCGUGGUCGUACCAAGAGGUGCGCAGACUGGCAGAUUUAUCUGUUGAGGAAAUGCAGCACUUUGAGGACAACAUGGCCCGCAUGGCUGCUGCUAGACACUGCGAGUUUCAGCCAUGUCCCCAGUGCAAAACAAACAUGGAGAGGAAGGAUCUUUCCAACCUGUGUGUCAUAUGUAUCAUAUGCACAGCUGAUCAGGGGGGAACCUAUCAGUUCUGCUGGCAGUGUCAGAAGCCAUGGAAGGGCUCAGCUCCUCGAUCGGACCGCUGUGGCAACGAUGACUGCAUCAACAGGGACCUGCAACUGCUGCAGACAUGCAAAUCCAUCGACCUGCCGGAGGUGGCGGGCGUCACCAGCUGCCCCUCUAUCCGACUCUGUCCUACAUGUGGCAUGAAGAUAGAACAUAGUAGACAAAACUGCAAAAAUGUUAUAUGUCCUCGAUGUCAUAAGGAGUUCUGCUUUGUUUGCCUGAAACUAACGCGGCAAUGUUGCAAGACCAGUUCACCAUUCAGAAUCUGCCCAGGCGGUGUAGCUCCAAGACAGACUUCUAUUCCGGUAUGGCAGAGAAAAUGAAGGCAAUCCGGUGUCUUAUCUUAAUUCAACAAGAGAUCUUUAACAGAAGUGUUUAAAAACACAACAAAAAAUCAAUGCAUUUAUUUUGAAAGGUCUCAAUAUAGUCUCCUGGACACCAAAUGUUUGUGGCAUGUAACUCUGCUCCACAAGACAACUAGGUUCUUAUUUGUGGUUUCUCUGCCUCACUCUGGCUGAACUUUAAAUUGCACAUGACAAAUAUGUUUGGUAUUUACCUCUGAAUCUCCAUUACUGAAAAAAUGUAACUGAACACCAACAACAUGUUGCUAUUGUUAUUGUUUUUGAAAUGUUUUGUAAAUGUAUUUUUGUACUUUCCCUAUUGUAGCACGUUGAGAUUCUGUAUGUAAAGUGCAUUAUAAAUUAAAGGCAUUAUUAUCAUUA